GUCUCGAUAGUAUACUUGACAGUGUUGCGGGAUCUGGCUCUUGAGGCAACGGCCUCUUCAAUGCUCGGCUGGGAGCCGGCAAUAACUGCUCAGUGCACUCAAUCGACCGGGCGAUACAGUUCGCGCACGGAUGCUGUCGGUCACAUUUGAGCUUUCUCUGACGACAUGAGAGGCUUAUAAAGGCAAUGCCCAUAGCGCAAGGUUAGCAUAGCAGAUAAUAAAACAAACGUUUCUAAUUCUCAAUCAUAUCAUCAAAGCACAUCAAACACCACAUACCAUGCCUGACUUUGAUUUCAGUUCUCUAGCGGCUGCUGUCGAUUUCGACAACUUCCGCCAAGCCCCCGUUCUGGAAACCCUAGCCGACACCUCACUACUUGCACCCAACCCCAAGCUGGAACAAGCUCUCACCAACUCAACCGCCAAAGGCCUCCCACCCAUUAGCGUCGUGCCCAUGGCUGGCCAGCAUCUAUCGAUCCUCACUCAACUUAUGGGCGCCAAGUCGGUACUCGAGAUCGGUACACUUGGUGGCUACUCGGCCAUUUGCUUUGCCCAAGGUGGCGCCAAGGUGACAAGUAUUGAGAUCGAUCCCAAGUAUCGCAAUGUCGCACUGGAGAACCUCGAGGGUCUUGAUGUCGAGGUUCUGCUCGGAGCUGCACUUGACGUGCUACCCAAACUGGCCGAGGAGAAACGGCAGUUUGACAUGGUCUUUAUUGAUGCCUAUUUUGAGGACCAUUUGGAGCACUUUGACUGGGCUGUCAAACUGACCCGUCCUGGAGGGUGUGUUUUCUUUGACGACGUGGUGGCUUCCAUGUUUAAGAACGGCGAGGUGAAACCGGGAGUGGAUUCCAUCCUGACGCAUAUUGGGAAGGACGACAGAGUCAAGGCGGCACUUGUGCCCAACGUGGCUUGUCACCCUAUGCUACCUACACCAGCCUUGAAUGGUUUUGUGAUGGCUCUGGUCAAAGACGAGUAGGGCAUGCAACAUGGAAUCUCGUGGCUCAGCAGAAUGUUCAAUAGAGUACCUGAUGUAGAAAUAGAUGUCCUUCACCCCUCCACAUAACUAUUUUCUAUCGACCAGUCAAGUCCCCGCGUUUACAGCCAGGCCAUUCGCGUAUUCAUCUCUUAGCGUGCACUCGUGGAGUCGUG